AUGGGCGCUUUCCGAUUGGGCAGCCGCUACUUCGUGCACCCCUGGUUCGCUCUGGCUAUCGUUCCGCAGCUUCUGGUGCUCGCCAGGUAUGAGAAGCCUCCCUGCUCGGAGGGCGAGACACUUGCCAUUUUCCGUGGAAGGUCGCUGUGCGUCAGCGACUGCACCGGCGAAUCCGCUGAUGCAUCUGCAGAGUGCCCCCAAGAGAAGCCGAAGGAUACCUUUGGCAAGCCGGCGUGCUUCAUGGUCCCUGCACCGAAAGGGGACACCAGUCACCCGAGCAUGCGACAGCGCUAUUGCGGCAUCGAGUGCCGAGGCGACAGCUACUGUCCCCGUGGAAGCAAAUGCACGUUCAUAGACGUGAGUGCAGAAAUCGACGAGUAUGGCGAUGUGAAUCCCCUGGCGCGGAAUUACCCGCACCUGAUCUCGGACGACUUGCUGACUGGAGCAUCUUGA